AUGUCGCUUGGUUGGCUGAACAGAGACAGUGACCUCAAACUGGGAGGCGACGAAGCCAAUGACUAUCGACCAAGCCAAAACACAGUGAGCCGGCCCGAUGCUGAGCGUCGAGGGGACAGCGGGAGCGACCAUGAAAGUCAAGGCGGCGACGUGUGCGUGCCGCAAGAGGGAGACUACUCGCUGGAUUUCGAUGCAGUGGCAGAGGUCAUUGGGUCGGCGGCGACCAAACCCGUCGCGCCGCGGGAUACGUGGAAGAAGUACCAGGACCCACCGCAGGACCCGCGGUAUCUGUUCUACUCGGAGAAGACGGGUGUGGUACGAGGGGACAAGCUUGAAUCGCUGCUGUUGCCGACGGGUGGUGGAACCAUCAGGGAGACGCUCACCCAGGGACCGUUCUGGAUCGAUGUGACGGACCCCUCCCACUCUGAGAUGGUCACCUUCAGCCGGCUCUUCGGAAUCCACCCACUGACCAUCGAAGACAUCCAAACCGAGGAAACGCGCGAGAAAUGCGAGAUCUUCCUCCACUACUACUUCAUCUGCAUGCGCACGUUUGACAGCGACGAGGACAGCGCGAACUACAUGCAGCCCAUCAACGUGUUUAUCGUCGUCAUGAAGGAGUGCGUGCUGUCGUUCCACUGCCAAGCGGUGCCCCACCCAAACAACGUCAUGAAGCGUAUAGAUCAACUGCGGUUGUACGGCCUGCACGUUACACCAGACUGGAUCAACUACGCCCUAAUCGACGACAUAACCGACGGCUUCAUGCCCCUCCUCAAAUUUAUCGAGCUCGAAGUCGACUCGAUCGACGACCUCGUCCUCAUCCUCAAAGAAUCCGAACAAAGCGACAUGCUCCGCCGGAUCGGCCACGCACGGAAGAAGGUCAUGCAGCUGCUGCGGCUGCUGAGCACUAAAGCCGAUGUGCUGAAGACGGUGAUCAAACGAUGUGGGCAACGGUUGUCGGAUGAUUCGGAGACGAGUCUUUAUCUGGGGGAUAUCCAAGACCACGCAAUCGCAAUGGUCCAAAACCUCUCACACUACGAAAAAACCCUCGGCCGCGCACACUCCAACUACCUCGCCCAAAUCUCCAUCGAGAUCACCGUCGCGUCCAACAAGACCAACGACGUCGUUAUGAAGAUGACGGCCAUGGCGUCUAUCCUGUUGCCGUUGAAUGUUGUGACUGGUCUCUUCGGAAUGAACGUAACAGUCCCCGGCCAAGCGGGCUCUAUAGCAUGGUUCUACGGCAUCGUCCUCGUCAUGAUCGCGAUCGCCAGUCUCGUUUACUGGUGGGCUCGCAAGUACAAGCUUGUGUAA